GAUGGAAGCGGCUCUGGCCGGAGCCAGGCAUCACCCGCGGCGUCUCCGCCUCAGUCUUCUCCUCUCCUUUCCUACGCCCCCAUUCCGCGAGAGCCCAGCUACUCCCCAGAGUGGCCCUUAGCUGUCUUGGGCCGGGACCAGAACAAUGUUGGUAAUGCAGACGAUGUACUUAAACUGAAAAAUUAAGAGUUUUUGUGCAACUCUAGUCUUUUCAUCAGGAAUGGUUGGAAAUCUUCUAUUUCAUUAUUGGUGCAUUUCCUCCCUGUAGAAUUAUACUUUGUUUUGCUGGUCACUUUUCAGUUGUGUCCAACUUUUCGGGACCCCUUUUUGGAUAUUUCUUGGCAAAAAUACAGAGGUGGUUUGCCAUUUCCUAUUCCAACUCAUUUAAUAGAUGAAGAAACUACAGCAAAUUAGAUUAAAUAAGCUACUUUCCCAGGAUCACACAGCUGGGAAGUGUCUGAGGAUUUUGAAGUAAAAAGAUCUUUUCAUUCAACAAUGGCAGGAAAAUCAUCACUUUUUAAAGUAAUUCUCCUUGGAGAUGGUGGCGUUGGGAAGAGCUCACUUAUGAAUAGAUAUGUCACGAACAAAUUUGAAAGCCAGCUGUUCCAUACAAUAGGUGUGGAAUUUUUAAAUAAAGACUUGGAAGUGGAUGGACACUUUGUAACCAUGCAGAUUUGGGACACAGCAGGUCAAGAACGCUUUAGAAGCCUGCGAACACCAUUUUACAGAGGUUCUGAUUGUUGCCUUCUUACUUUCAGUGUAGAUGACUCUCAAAGUUUCCAGAACUUGGGCAACUGGAAGAAAGAAUUCAUUUAUUAUGCAGAUGUCAAAGAGCCCGAAAGCUUUCCUUUUGUGAUUUUGGGUAACAAGAUUGAUAUAAAUGAAAGACAAGUUUCUACAGAAGAAGCCCAGGCCUGGUGCAGGGACAACGGCAACUAUCCUUACUUUGAAACUAGUGCAAAAGAUGCCACAAAUGUUGCAGCAGCUUUUGAAGAAGCUGUUAGAAGAAUUCUUGCUACUGAGGAUAGGUCAGAUCAUUUUAUUCAAACAGACACAGUCAAUCUUCACCGAAAGCCUAAGCCCAGUUCAUCUUGUUGCUGACUGUUAAAAAGCUUUGACAAUAUAGCUCUAAUCAACUCAUUUACAAAAUGGGGCAGGGGGAAUGGGAGGAAGAGGGUCAUAGAAUAAAGGUCCCAUCAAGUCCAAUUCUAAUAAUAAAAUUUAAACUAAUUUACUGCUGCUUUAUUGGAAGGUGGAAGGGAUAAUACUCAUUCUUUGAGUAACCUAUUUACUGAAAGCACAUUAACAUUUAUAAAUAAGGGUGUCUAAAAACAAAUGGUUACUUAAAUUUUAAUGUGUAACUUACACAGCUAAUAAUCAAAUGAAUAAUUAUAAUUAAAAUGAAAACUUGAAUUUCUAGAAGCACUACUUGGAUUUUUUUCCCCCUAGAAUUCAAAUGAAGACCACAUUUUUGUAUGUAUAUAUUUUUACAAAAUUAGCAUUUCAUUUUUGGUUCAUUGAAAACACAUUUUUAAAAUGCUCAAUAUUAAAGAUUUAAAUCACACAAAAUCA